AUGAGCCAACGGUCAUCGCCUAGACGACAGAGAAGAAAUAAACCAUCAUAUUCCAGCAGCAGUGCUUCAGGAACAGAUAUAAGAAUACUCUCACCAUUCAAUGACUACUUGGAAACUCCAGCAGCAGGAUCUAGUGCUGAUCAAUCCAGCAGCAGUAGUCCCAAGUUUGGUACUGGCAGGCCCGUAGUUACCAAAGACACAUCCUCUUCAAAUGGAAAUGCUGGAAGAGAAGAAUCUACAAAGUCUAUUAAUAAUGCUAAUGUAAAUAUCAGCAAAGAUGCGAUAGGAGAUGAAUGUAGCGAACGCCGUCAACCUGCUGCUGCUGGUAGAAAGUUAUGGACGGACCCUUCUGCAUUGUCAUCUACCCCAUAUGGUAGUAAUAGUCGCAAAAUCAAAAGUAGACAACAGCGACGAUUGGAGCAGCGGGCAAAUCAGAGUCCGAGCAGUACUAUUAGCAGAAAUUCAGACACUGAAUCUAAUGCUGGAAGAGCAUUGGGUCACACAAAUGCUCCUGGUUACAAGAGCAUUCUUUUAGAUAAACCAGUCAUCUUGGGACGGAAUACUCCAGUUAAUCAGCAGGACACAUCUGGUUUUGCAUCAGAUACAGCUCAUGGUAAUCCACCUUCAGUCACCCAUGUUCCAAGAAUUAUUGCUAGAUCUACCGAGCAACCCACUCCAUCUUCACCCGCAAUGCUGUCAAAAGAUUCAUCUCAUCUUCAAGAUGCAGCAGAUACCAAAACUUCCACACACACUGACAAUCUGUACAUUAAUCAGACCAUUCCACCUGGCCAGGAACAUUUGGCCAAACUUUUUCCAAGCUUGUUUCGUCACUCGACUCCCACUGCUGUGAAAUUAAUCAACAAAACCAAGAUUCAACCCGAAGCGGCCUUCAAAAUUUUAUCCGACUAUCCUGGCUGCUUUGUUAUUGGUGUUUUGGGUCGAGCAGGUACUGGAAAAUCAACUGUUCUUUCAGGUCUGGCAGGAUCGAAUCCAUUUCCAAUUGGCAGCAAUGCAUCUGAUGGUUUAGAUCCGACAUCUUUACACGAUUCGGCUGGUCAAAAGCUUGGCAUUGAUUUGUUUGUUACUCCAGAACGGGUGAUUUUAUUAGAUACCCAGGCAAUCUUGCAGUCUUCUGCCUCGUCACAAUACCCAAGUUCGCCCGAUAUGGAUAUUGCCGAUGAUAAUCAAAAACUUGAUCCAUCUACCCAAACCGAAUCGUCAAAAUUAGCUUUAUUUCUCAUGUCUGUUUGUCAUGUUAUACUCCUUGUGUCUGAUAUGGCCCCAGAUGCAGAAUUAUGUAAAUUAGUGCGCAACGCCGAGCUUGUGCGAUCCAAACUCUACCAUAGUCAUAGAUCUACUGCACACGUGUCAUCUACCCACUCUCGCAAUUCAAGCCAAAGUUUUAAUAGACAUCGACAACCCACUCCAUCAACUACAUCAUCAACGCCAAAUUUACAAUCCACUCACUCGCUUGAUGUCUUUCAGCCCUAUAUUGUAUUUGUUUAUAACAAGUGCAAGACGGACAUGCUCAUCCCACACGGCGUAUCUGGUAUUUGGAAAUCAUUUCGAAAGCAUUUUAGUGAUACAGAAUUGAAUGCAUACAAUUUGUUUGCUCGCACCAAAGCUUCAAAAGCCGUUCAUGAUUAUGAGCUACAUAUGCAAAUGCGAACGAGGAAACAUACGAAUGAGGAUACACUACCUUUACAAUCAAAUCGACUUAGAAGUAAGACAUUAGAGUUACUGUCUUUGAAAUUACCCAUCUGUAAUAUUGCUUGUCUUCCCUAUCAAAGCGAGUUGUCACCAAAAUGCGAUUUUUCACUGUCUUUGGAUGAUUUGAUGGCAAUGUAUGGUGGUAUUAGAACCCGAUAUGAUGUUUUGAUCAAGCAGUUGCGUGAUGUAUUGUUGGAAAUUCCCAGAUUUCCUGCUGCUUCGCUAGAAUCAGGUAGUGGUGCCAGUCGUUCUGGAUUUGUUAAUCGGCAAUACAUGGUAUCUGAGCGUGACUGGCUUCGUAAUGCCGUUCGUACAUGGGAUAAUAUAUUGAAACGGGAUAUACAAGCAGAUAUUUCUAGCGUAUCGAAUUUAUCUAGCAGCGCUACUGGCGGAGCCAGUGGUUCUACAGACUUUAAAUCUUCUCGACUCCAUGUCAAAAGCUCCAGAUCUCGCACUUUUCAGCAUGAUGCUCGAAAUGAAUAA